AUGAAAACGGAAGCUAAGGAUGGAGAAGAGGAAAGCCUGCAGACAGCAUUCAAAAAGCUAAGAGUUGACUCAGCUGGGUCUACUGCUUCUCCCUCUGUGGGUGAAGGGACAAGUCCUAGAGCACUAGUCAGAACAGUGGCAGAUGAAACCAAACCUAAGAAUGUGUGCACUUCUAAGGAAACCUGGCACGGGUCUGUGAAGAAGCCUUCAAGAGGAGUUGUGAGAACCCAGCGUCGCAGACGUUCCAAGUCUCCAAUUCUUCAUCCUCCGAAGUUUAUCCAUUGCAGCACAACUUCACAUUCCAUGUGCAAGCAGCUAGUGCACAAGAGCCAGAUUGAUGCUGCAGAAGACAGCGCUAGGUUUGGGAUGCCAGUCCCAAAGGAAGCUUGUGCACAUGAACGAUGCAGUAUUGCUCCUGACAUUGUCGAGAAGGGUGCUGAUGUUGAAUCUUUGGGAGCUUCUGUUGCACAGUCAGCAUCAGACAACAAACAGGACAACUCUCCAGCUGCUGUUUCUCUGACAUCCAAAGCAAGCCUAAAGACUACGGAGCUUUCUGACUUUGAAUCCAUGUCCAAGCUGAACACAAAUAAGCCGUGUGUGUGUGCAGAUAAAGCCUGUCAGUGUAAACGAUGGCAAGAUAUGGAAGUGUACAAAUUCUCUGGCUUACAGAACACUCUCCAAUUGGCACCUGCUAGAACAGUUUCUGAGGAUAACUCCCAGGCUUUGCCAUCAAGAACUCCCUCAAGUUCUCCACGCUCUUGCUCUGAGCAAGCCAGGGCCUUUGUGGAUGAUGUGACUAUUGAAGAUCUUUCGGGAUACAUGGAGUAUUACCUGUAUAUUCCAAAGAAAAUGUCUCACAUGGCAGAAAUGAUGUACACUUGACAACAAUGAGCACUAAAACCAGAAGGGUGGGUGGGUUAAAUCUGCCCUCUGUCACACUCAUGUGAGAUGCAGCCCACUCCCUGCUCACUCUGCUUGCAAUAAAAACACUUCUUUUC